AGGAUAUCGAUACUUGGCGACUGCUGGCCUUCCUAUAGCCACAUACUUGGCUGCGCAUAGCAUUCUACGCCAAGUCUAGGCCAGAUGUGGAGUGCGCUGUGCAACGGCGGCGUUAGGCGCGCCCGCAAACUGGGAACCCGUCACCGAAGAUGCCCGUUGUCGGGCCCCAAUCCCGUCUUGCCAUGGCCCUUGGGGGCGCGCCUGGGGUUGGCGAAUUGUGCAGCGACGGCGCCAGGCGUGGCUGCGCCUCGGCGAGCUCGCCAUCCUGCUCUCAGCUACCUCGCCGCGAGACUGCGUGCUGGUUGGCCCAGGACUAGGGCUCGUGACCGAAGUGCAGUUGCCCAUCCCUUGAGGCGUGAGACAGGCCUGCGGCGCAGAGUAGGAUCGCGUUGCCUUACAUGCUGUUGGCUCCCGGAAGCGGCCCUCACACCUCCAGACUAGGUAAGGAGUAGCGUGGGGCUCAAUCUAACUAGUUGUGAGUGCGUUACAAGCCGACGUGUCGGGCGUCGUUUGCGGAUGUAAGACUGCUCUGGCCGACACCCACACAGGUACGACCCAUGGCACUGCCACAAACCAGCACACGACAUAGCGACACGCUCACAGCACGCGCAGCCGUCAUUGCAUCGAUGACCUGCUCAAGAAGUGACCGUGCCCGCAAUGGGUUCCAACGCCGGUACGGUGAGAUACGCACUUGGAACCCAAGCGGUUGGUAGGCGGCAGCCUUGUCGCGUGCCAUGCAGACCUGCUAGGCCCAAACUGGGCAAGCUGACCAGGACAAAAACGCCAGGCAUCUUGAGACCAAGGCCUGGUGUGUGCGCCGGAUAAGGACCCAUGUGGCCUCGUGACCUGCCCUUCCCCUUUCCACGGCACGUCACGAACCCACCGUUUCUCUGCACUCCAAUGAUAGCGUGUGCAGGGCUGCAGCACAUGGUACCCGUUGGAAAGGCGUCAACCCCCGUCAUGCUCCAAAGCGGCAUAGAUACUGGGGCCAUAACGUCAGCUCGGCUGCCGGGCACGCUGAGCUGCGGACGUUGCUCCACAUCACUGACUCGUGGAGGCGUCAGCAGGCGCAGCAGGUCCCUCUUGCGUAGGGCUGCACAAAACCUUCCUGCACAGACAUCAGCGCCAAUGGUAUACAGCAUGGCAUGCGCCAUGCGGGGCAGCUGGGGUCAAAUGUUGGAUGGAGGGCUGGUAAGGAUGGAGCGGGUGUGUGGGCAGCGGUUGGGUUGAAAGUUGGGAAACAACGACGACGGCAAUAAAGACAGGUAGGCAGGGGUGAGCUGGCUGACGCCGUGACGCUACUGGACGCGCGGCGGGCUAAGCGGGGGCUGUAGGCCGCAGACGGACUUGCAAGGGAGUCAUGUGAGCGGAUUAUGAAUGGAGGCAGGUACGCAUGGCGGCCGGCCCAUGGCAAGGUGCCCUGCACACGGCUCACGCCGGCUGUACGGCUGCUGUAUGUACGGCAGGGUGCGUGGCGGAAUCGUGGCGAUCACGCAGGCGCGCGGGGAGGCUGCAAACACCCGUCGAAGCAGGUCCACGAAGCGGCCACGGCCGCGGCAUGGUGGGGGUGCGAUGGGACAUGGCAAGGGGCAGGGUUGCGGUACACCAGUGGCUGAUAUAGCUGAGCCCCGAGCGACAAGUUAGGCCCGACCCAUGCGCCAAUCAAACAUGGAAGUACGUUGCCCGCGCGCGAACCAUGACCCGGCCCCAUGACCAGUACGGCCACGGCAUGGCAGGGGGCCAGGGGCGGCGCCGGCCGGGUGGUGGCAUGGCUGGGUUAGGACGCGCAAGGUGAGCGUCCGGCCCACACUAACGCUUGAGGUUACUGUGCCCUGGGCGUCGCCAUGUGCUUGCAAAGCUGUCCAAGCGGUCGCGAUGCAGUCAUGCAGAUGCCAAUGUCACUCGUGAGGCCGUGGUCGAAGCAGCCUUAAGCCAGGACUCAUCUUCAAUAACUCGGCGCGUGAGUGCCUUUGGGGAGAGCUGGGGUAGGGUGAAGACGCGCAUGCAGUGGGUUGCAGAGGGUUGCAGACAAUGCUGGUGAACGAACACAAUGCUUGAUUGCUUGGUCUGGCGACUACGACAAGGCUCUACAGCGUGUCGGCGUGUGGCUCAUGUAGAGUCCAGCCCGCACGGCGGUUUCCGUGUGUGUGUUGAACUGCAAUUUGCGGGGCUGGCAAAUGCGGCUGCUGAGGUGGGCGUGCGUGACGGAUGCUUGUCCAGCACUGGCUCUGACCUAUUCUCAUAGGAUAAGCUGGCCUCUUCAACGUCCACGGCUCACGCUUGCCCCUGGCCCCAGUUGGACUGCAUGGCAGGUGCGGUGCGGUUCGCUCUGGUGAUCAAACCCGCACCCGCCUGUCGUGGAGAGGAGUAGCGUGUGUACGGCGGGCUGGGCGACUUGGCGGUGCUCGGGGUACAGAGUGCUCUUGCCUUCACCAAUGCGCUUUAUUAGUUCAUCU